AUGGAAGAAACUCAUAACAACAGGACUGCCUUGGCUAAAGGUGCCAAGGACAUCGCCAAAGAAGCCAAGAAGCACGGCGCCAAAAAUUUCGGCAAAGCCGUCGACCGCGCCUCGGACGAGUACUCGACUCAACGCAGCUACAGCCGCUUCCAGGACGAGGACGAGGAAGAGAACGCCGGCGCCGCGUACGGCGGGCAAGACGGUCGCUCCGCCGGCAACGCGGCCAACGACGACGACGAGGCCUCGAGCGACGCCACGGAGGGCCACGACGACGAAGACGAAAUCUACGAGGGGGAGUACCAAGGCGUGCCGGCCCGCGACGACGGGAAGCCGCGGGACGGCCAGGUGGCGCUCGGCCAGCCGGUUUGCGACAGCCAGAAGAGCCGCAAGGAGCUGGAGAACGAGAGGCAGUCGGACGAGGAGGAGCUCGCCCAGCAGUACGAGCUCAUCAUGCAGGAGUGCGGCCACGGGAGGUUCCAGUGGCAGCUGUUCUUCGUCCUCGGGCUGGCGCUCAUGUCGGACGGCGUGGAGGUGUUCGUGGUGGGCUUCGUCCUGCCCAGCGCCGAGACGGACAUGUGCGUCCCCAACUCGGGGACCGGGUGGCUCGGCAGCGUCGUGUACCUGGGGAUGAUGUUUGGCGCCUUCUUUUGGGGCGGCCUGUCGGACCGGAUGGGGCGUAAACAGUGCCUGCUCAUCUCCAUGUCGGUGAACGGCUUCUUCGCCUUCCUGUCCUCCUUCGUCCAGGGCUACAGCAUGUUCCUCGUGUGCCGCAUGGUGUCCGGCUUCGGGAUCGGCGGAGCCGUGCCGAUCGUGUUCUCCUACUUCGCCGAGGUGUUGGCUCGGGAGAAGAGAGGCGAGCACCUGAGCUGGCUGUGCAUGUUCUGGAUGAUCGGAGGCAUCUACGCCUCCGCCAUGGCCUGGCUCAUCAUCCCACACUACGGCUGGAGUUUCAGCAUGGGUUCGGCCUACCAGUUCCACAGCUGGAGGGUGUUUGUGGUGGUGUGCGCGCUGCCGUGUGUCUCUGCAGUGGUGGCUCUCACUUUUAUGCCCGAGAGCCCUCGCUUCUUCCUGGAGACGGGUAAACACGACGAGGCCUGGAUGGUGCUCAAACACAUCCACGACACCAACAUGCGAGCCCGCGGAGAGCCGGAGAGAGUCUUCACGGUGAGCAGGAUCAAGGUGCCCAAGCAGCUGGACGAGCUGGUGGAGAUGCAGAACGAGUCGGCCAACCCGGUCCUCAAGGCCCUGCUCAAGAUCAAGACCGAGCUCAGAGCAAUCUGGUUGACCUUCAUGAGGUGCUUCGACUACCCAGUGAAAGACAGCACCAUCAAGCUGGCUGUGGUCUGGUUCACGCUGUCCUUUGGGUACUAUGGGCUCUCUGUGUGGUUCCCCGACGUCAUCAAGCACCUCCAGGCCGACGACUACGCCUCCAGGGUGAAGAUCCACACCAACGAACGCAUUGAGGACUUCACCUUCAACUUCACGCUGGAGAACCAGAUCCACACUAACGGGGUCUUCCUGAACGACAGGUUCAUCGGGAUGAAGAUCAAAUCGGUCACGUUCAUCGACUCCUCUUUCCUCAACUGCUUUUUCGAAGACGUCUCCUCCGUCAGAUCCUUCUUCAAAAACUGCACCUUUGUCGACUCCUUCUUCUACAACACGGAUAUCGACGACACCAAACUCACAGACUCCAGAGUGAUCAACAGCUCCUUCCACCACAACAAGACGGGCUGCCAGAUGACGUUCGACGACGACUACAGCGCCUACUGGGUCUACUUCGUCAACUUCCUGGGAACGCUGGCCGUGUUGCCCGGAAACAUCGUCUCGGCCCUCCUCAUGGACAAGAUAGGCCGUCUGAGCAUGUUGGGAGGGUCCAUGGUGCUGUCGGGCAUCAGCUGUUUCUUCCUUUGGUUCGGCACCAGCGAGUCCAUGAUGAUCUUCAUGCUGUGUCUCUACAACGGCCUCAGCAUCUCCGCCUGGAACUCCCUGGAUGUGGUCACCACGGAGCUGUACCCCACCGACAGGAGGGGCACCGGCUUUGGCUUCUGCAACGCCAUGUGUAAGCUGGCAGCGGUGCUGGGCAACGUGAUCUUUGGCUCGCUGGUCGGCAUCACCAAGGCCAUCCCCAUCCUGAUGGCGUCGUCCGUGUUGGUCGGCGGCGGCCUGGUGGGGCUCCGCCUGCCGGACACCCGCAACAACGUCCUCAUGUAAACCUGGAACGCCGCGCGUUCGUCGACCAGGCGCUCACUCAUCGCUACGUCGAAAAAUAAACAUUCGCUCACGCACACCGCGAUUCGCUUGAAUGUCGCACCAAAACGAACAUCGCCGCCGUCCGUCUCGUUUAAAAAAAAUUAUUUGAUGAAUGAUGUUCUUGAACAAGUGAUUUGUUAUUGUUGUUGCAUCCGAGUGAAACACCUGGUAAAUGAUACAGAUUAACGAAAUGAGCCGUAGAUAUGGAGAAAGUCAGGAAAACGAGUGGUGAUCUGUACAUCAGCAGCUAAUGCAUGUGUCGGAGCUGCAACGGGCUCGGACUCAACCGAUUUCCGAAUCCGGCUCGGAUUAAAGGAAUAGUUUGACUCUUUUUUUUUCGAGAAGCGCUUAUUCGAAACUCACACUAGCAGCCAGUUAGCUUAGCAUAAGGACUGGAAGUUGUCUGUUUAACCCUCCUGUUACCUUCACAUUUACUAACAUAUUUUACCCUCGGGGUCAAUUUGACCCCAGCAAUUAAAACCUCCAGAAAAUUAUUAGAAUUAAUAUUGUUUCCCAAGUUUAAGUGUGAGGUACUUUAUGUUUGUUUGUUGACUACCUAAAUAGCCCUUUAAAUAUAUAAAAAAGUUGAUAUUUCUUAUAUGUUUGACACAGUGAAAAACAGCCUGGGGUCAAAUUAACCCCAAAGAACACCGACGUUAAACAUUGAAUGGGGUCAAAUUGACCUUAAAGGUAACAGGAGAGUUAAGGAAUGUUGUGUUGAGGAACUAUUUUCUUUCAACAGUAGUAUUUACAUUAAAUUUAUUACAACGAAGUCUUCAUAUUAUUUACCAGGUCAUGAUUACGAGAGAGAUAGUUCUUCAUUUCUUUGGUUUUCUUUGGUGCUUUGAGGACCACGAGUGUGUGUUCUCGUCGCAUUAUAUCGGAGAGAAGGCCGACAUCGUUAUGAACGAUAUACCAUACACUCAAGAACUCACACCAAAAAUAUCUAGACUGAUAAAUAGCUCCACGGGUACAAAGUAAAAUAUGUGUUUUUUAUUUUGGGGUGAACUGUCCCUUUUAAGCCUUUACAAAAAAAGACACCGUUUAAACAACAGGUGGUUUUAUGGAGGCUUAUGAGCAGGAAUAAUUCUUGGUCAGGCUAGCUGGUUCCCUCUGCUUCCAGGUCUUAUGCUAAGCUAAGCUAACAGACAUGUGGCACAAUUAACCCUUGUGUUGCCUUCGGGUCAUUUUGACCCGAAUCAAUAUUACACCCUCCCCCCGCCUUUGGGUCAUUUUGACCCGAUUCAAUGUUUCACCCUCCUGUUACCUUUAUAUUUACUAACAUAUUUUACCCUUUGGGUUCAAUUUGACGCCAGCAAUUAAAACCUCCAGAAAAUUAUUAGAAUUAAUAUUGUUUUCCAAGUUUAAGUGUGAGGCACUUUAUGUUUGUUUGUUGACUACCGAAAGAACACCGACAUUAAACAUUGAAUGGGGUCAAAUUA